AUGAAAGUUAAAACAAUGGGUUUAGCAAAUUUAACACUUCAUUUGGAUAUAUUUUAUGAUGAUGAUACAUCAUUGUCCCGCAGCUGGUCAUUAAAUGUUCUUGUAAUGCAACCAAAACGUCUUAUUGAUAGAUCGUUUUUUUUUAUUGUCCCAUUUGUAGUCAUUUGUACUUCAAUAUUAAUGGGUACGUUACUUGAUACAACAUUAAUAGCAGGUAUUUUGAAAAAACCAAAAUCAGUUAUUGUUGGUUUUGUGGCUCAAUACGGCUUAAUGCCAUUUUUGGCAAUAGCUAUUACGAAAAUUUUUCAUUAUACACCAUUAAAUAGUCUCUCUCUAUUUGUUAUUGGUUGUUGUCCAGGUAGCGGUGCUUCCAAUCAAUGGACAGUUUUAUUUGAUGGUGAUGUUAAUUUAUCUGCCAUAAUGUCAUUUGUUUCAACUACAGCAUCUUUUGUUAUGAUGCCCCUCUAUUUUUAUACAAUAGGUAGACUUUUUACGGACGAACUUUCAAUAAAAGUUCCUUUUUUGGGUCUGGCACGUUCAUUAGCACUUGUUAUUAUACCAUAUAGUAUUGGCAUUGCUAUAAGUCAUUUUUAUCCUAAAUCACGUCUAGUUGUUAAAAAAAUUAUGAAACCAAUGAUGAUUUUUUUGUUAUUAUUUUUUCUUACAUUUAGUUUAGUUGUUAAUUGGUAUUUGUUUAAAAUGCUUGAUUUAUCUACAGCAUUAUCUGCGCCAUUAUUGCCAUUUUCAGGUUUUAUACUUGGUGCUACGUUAGCUUGGAUAUGUCGUGUAGAAUGGGCACAUGUAAAAACAGUUGGUAUUGAAGCUGGAAUACAAAAUGUUAGCAUUGCAUUUAUGAUUAUAAUGCAUUCAUUUCCACAACCAUAUGCAACAGAAGGAAUUGUUGUACCGAUGGUUGUUGCUCUUCUAACAACGCCACCAUUUUGGAUUAUUUUAAUAGUACGAAAACAAAUAAAAAAAUAUAGACAACUCCAACAACGUGGAAAAAAAUCAAAUAUACAUGGAGAUGUAAUUGUUAUCGAUGAUAAGUCAUCAUUAAAUAAUGAAAAAAAUCAUAAAAAAGAAGAUGACGUUGAAACCAUGCAGCAGUUAUAA